AUGGUUGCAUCAGUGUGGCCACCUGAUACUGUAAAAGAUGUUGCAGAAUCAAUUGGUAUUAGUCAGCUUGAUGAUAGUGUUGCAAAAGUGCUUGCAUUAGAUAUUGAAUAUCGUAUUCAUGAAGUUAUUCAGGAAGCGAUGAAGUUUAUGCGGCAUGCUAAACGUACUAUUUUAACAGUUUCUGAUAUUAGCCAUGCACUUCGUGUUUUAAAUGUUGAGCCUUUGUAUGGGUAUCAUGCUUUUCGCCCUGUUCGGUUUGGCGAAUCUCUUUUGGAGCAAGGCCAACCACCUUUGUAUUAUUUGGAAGACGAUGAUGUUGAAUUUGAUAAGGUGAUUCAUGCACCUCUUCCAAAAGUUCCACGAGAUAUUUCAUAUUCAGUUCAUUGGUUGGCGAUUGAAGGAGUACAACCUGCUAUUCCACAGAAUCCCUCGGUCUCUGAUACUUCAGUGUCAAGUAAAAAAGGUUUCCAGGUUAUAAACAACAAUUCCUGGACAUUGUCAGGCCCUUCAACUGGUGUAGAGGUUAAACAUUUGGUAAAACAUGUAAUAUCGAAAGAAUUGCGAUUAUAUUUUGAGCGGAUUAAUGCUGCUAUUCUAGAUGAAAAUAAUGAACGUCUUCGUCUAGCAGCUUUGGCUAGUUUGAGAUUAGAUUCUGGACUACAUCAAUUACUACCAUAUUUUGUCUCUCUUGUAGCAGAAAAAAUUACACAUAAUUUGAAAAAUCUUUUUAUACUUAAUAUGAUGAUGCAAGUUACUUGGGCGCUAUUUGAUAAUCCUAAUUUGUUUAUUGAGCCUUAUCUUCAUCAAAUUAUUCCAUCGAUUUUAACAUGUUUGGUGGCAAAAAGAUUAGGUGAAAAUGCUGCAUCUCAAGAUCAUUAUGCUCUUCGAGAUCUUUCUGCCUCUUUACUUGGGUUAAUUUGUCAGCGGUUUGGUGAUGUAUAUCAUACAUUGAAGCCAAGAAUUACACGAACACUUCUAAAGGCAUUUUUGGAUAACAAAAAGCCAUUUACAACUCAUUAUGGUGCAAUUAUUGGCCUUGCUACUAUGGGGAAGGAAGUAAUUCGUGUGUUGAUCAUGCCCAAUAUAAAAAUAUACGAAUUAUUGAUUAAAGAUGAUAUUAAUAGCGCUGAGCUAACAUUUAAAAAGAUGGAAGCAACCAAGUGUCUUGAAGCUUUGUUGAAUUCUCUUCGUCUCAUGUCAAAAGAUGAAACGCCCGAUGAGACACUUGAAACUCAUGAGACAUCCUCUGAGGCCCCUGAAACUCAUGAGAUGCAACCUAAGACAUCAUCUGAUGAUAAAGAUGACAUUUCAUCUUCAAAAACACGGGAUAUUCUUAUAGAAAUGGUUGGCGAGUUAAUGACAAAUAAAAUUAUAAAAGAAAAAGAUGAAAAGAUUGUAAAAACCCUCUUAGAGAUGCAUCAUUUAGGACAGAUUUUUCACUAG